GGUUUCUCUGGCUGCUGGGGAUGCCUGUGAACUUUGCAUUUCUCUGAUAAACUCAUCCACAGUUGUAGUGGAUGAUUAACCAGGGCUCUGAAGGCAGUCCCAUAACAGAGGAGGUUAAAAGAGCCACAGCACGUGUGUCCUCCCUGCAUGGAGGGGAGAGGGAACUCGGCUGCUCUGGGACAGACACAGCCACAGCUCUGGGAGGAGGACAAGCUCUGAGGAGUGCAGGAGUGCCUGAGCCAGCAGCCAGGACAUUUCCAUCCCCCGUGGCUGCCUGGGCUGGAAGAAGCUGCUUUCAGCAUCUGUGAUUCACACACCAACAUGAAGCUGAAAGGAGGGAAGCAGGAGAGCUCCGAGGGCAGUGAAGGUGCCAAGGGGAAAAUGACACUUCCCCUGGCCCUGGCAGCUCUGGUUUCUGCCUUUGGAUCUUCCUUCCAGUACGGCUACAACGUGUCUGUGAUCAACUCUCCUGCCCCGUACAUGCAAGACUUUUACAACAGGACCUACCUGGACAGGACUGGAGCGCCCAUGGACAGCGGAUUCCAGACGCUGCUCUGGUCCCUCACGGUGUCCAUGUUCCCUCUGGGUGGCCUCUUUGGCUCACUCAUGGUGUGGCCCAUGGUCAACAACUGCGGCCGAAAGGGCACUUUGCUGAUAAAUAACCUCUUUUCCAUCGCUGCUGCAAUCCUUAUGGGAACCUCGGAGCUGGCAAAAACCUUCGAAGUAAUCAUCCUUUCCCGUGUUGUCAUGGGAAUAUUUGCUGGCCUGGCUUCCAAUGUGGUUCCCAUGUUCCUUGGAGAAAUGGCCCCCAAAAACCUGAGAGGAGCUAUUGGGGUGGUCCCACAGCUCUUCAUCACCAUUGGCAUCCUUGCAGCUCAGAUCCUCGGUCUCAACAGCAUCCUUGGGAAUGCUGAAGGGUGGCCUGUGCUGCUGGGGCUCACUGGGAUCCCGUCCCUGCUCCAGCUCCUGACACUGCCCUUCUUCCCCGAGAGCCCCAGGUACCUGCUCAUCCAAAAGGGCAACGAAAAGCAGGCACGGAGAGCUCUGCAGAGGCUCAGGGGCCGGGAGGACGUGGAUGAUGAGAUACAGGAGAUGUACCAGGAGGACCAGUCAGAGAAGGAGGAAGGGCAGUUCUCUGUGCUCAGCCUGUUCACCUUCAGGGGCCUGAGGUGGCAGCUCAUCUCCAUCAUCGUCAUGAUGGCAGGCCAGCAGCUCUCGGGGGUCAAUGCUGUGUUCUACUACGCAGACAGGAUCUUUGAGUCAGCAGGAGUGCCCAGCAGCAGCAUCCAGUACGUCACCGUGUCCAUAGGAGCCAUCAACGUCGUCAUGACUUUGCUUGCUGUUUUCAUUGUGGAAUCCCUGGGGAGGAGGAUCCUUCUCCUGGCUGGCUUUGUGCUGUGCUCUGCCUCCUGUGCAAUCUUAACUCUGGCCCUCAACCUCCAGACCACAGUCUCCUGGAUGUCCUACCUCAGCAUAGUCUGUGUCAUUGCCUACAUCAUUGGACACGCCAUCGGACCCAGUCCCAUUCCUGCUGUGAUGAUCACGGAGAUGUUCCUGCAGUCGUCCCGACCCGCGGCGUUCAUGGUGGGGGGCUCUGUGCACUGGCUGAGCAACUUCACCGUGGGGCUGGUGUUCCUCUACAUGGAGGCUGGGCUGGGGCCCUACAGCUUCCUCAUCUUCUGUGCCAUCUGCGUCACCACCGUGCUUUACAUCUUCUUCAUCGUUCCUGAGACCAAGAAUAAAACCUUCAUGGAAAUCAACAGGAUCAUGGCCAAGAGGAACAAAGUGGAGAUUCAGGAAAGCAAAGAGCUUGCAGAUUCCUACCCCCUGCAGAAGCAGGAAGAGAAGAAAGUGCUCUCCAGCAGUGAGAUGUGACCCAGCUGUGUUUGGCCAAACAAAUACAGGGAUUCCUCCUUUGAUGCUGAUCUGACAAUCAUGGAGCUGUUACGGCUGGAAAAGACAUUUAAGAUCAAAUCCAGCAGCAAACCCAAUGCUGCCAAGUCCUCCUCUUGUUCCAAGACAAGUCCUGGGCCAGCUCAGUUCUGUGACCAAGUAGCUGAUGGCAUGAGGUGAAGUGUCCCUGGUGUCCUGGUGACACGUCUGGGGACACGAGCCAGCCCUGGGCUGGGUGUGGGGCACUCGUGAGCAAGGAGUGCACUGAACUCCAGAGGAACUUGUGUGCCUGAGGGUCCAGCAGGGGGAAAUUAAAUUCAAUUUGGUGUAUCAGUGUGCUGCCCUCUGUUCUGAACAAAGCAGAAUUGUUGAA